GUUGGAGGAACUGUUCAGACCUGUAUGGGUGGAGGUGGUGUUCACGUCUCAGCUCUCUCUGAUUCUGAUUCUCUCCAUCAUUAUGAUAAACACCUUUCACACCAGCUACAAUCACGGGCCCGUGCCUCCGCCGGGGCCUCCGCCGGGGCCGCCGCCGGUGCCCCCGCGGCAGGGCUACCGAGGGCCCGUGCUGCCGACCAACACCUCACUGGUAAAGUUCUUGUCUGUGAUGAUGCUUCUGCUGAUGAUCCUGACCUUCGGAGGGUUCUUCUACAUGUUCCACAGACUCAACGUGCAGGUGGAAUUCAACAUGUGUAUGGCGAGCAGGUUGGACAGACUCACCCCUGAACAGAGAGAGAAGUGCCUGAAGCUGGUGGGAAACUCAUGGGGCACAGGACAGGAUGGAAAAGUCGCCUUCUUAUCGGGAAGAGGAUUCUACACUUUACCAGCAGCACGACUGGUCCUUACAAAGAAAACUCCUGGUAUUAAAGUCAAGGACCAGUUGAACACCCUGUACUGGGACCAGAACCACUCUAUGACUAAGAAGAUAAACCUUAACAGCGAUGGGAGCUUUACCGUGGAACAGCCUGGAUACUAUUACAUCUACUCCCAAGUCUCUUUUUCCAAAGGACACCCAAAUGUCCCCCUGCGGCAAACCUUAUGGACCCGUAAACCAGACAAAGAUAAGAAGCAGGAAGCGGACUGGAAGGAACUACUAAUGUCCUACUGCAGUUUACCUCAGAGCAGCCCUGUAAGCAACGUAUGUACAGCCUCGCAGGCUGGCGUGUUCGAACUUCAGAAGAACCAGCAGCUUCGUGUUAACGUAACUAGCAGUGACUUAGUGAAUGAAGAAUCCACCACUUUAGGAUUGUUUAAACUACAGGACUGAACUCGGGAAGCAUCUGGAGUAAGAAGACUGAACUACCGUCCAUAACUGGAUCAGGACCAGAGAGUUUACAUGGAUAACCACAUGCUGAUGCACUCAUCAUCAACAUCUUUGAAAAAGGGGUUUAGGACCCAGCAGUUAUUACAAAAGGAAUGAAAUAUAGAGUAUCAGUCAAACGUUUGGACACACCUUCUUAUUCAAUGUAAAGGAACAAAUGAGAAAUCAUGUAGAAAACUUAAAAGUGUUAAACAAACCAAAUAUCCUGGUCUUACUUUCCUGGGGUGGUCCUGAUGAGGGCCAGUUCCAUCAUUAGGUUUUAAAGACGUUUUCAUGUCUUUGCGACUGACCUUCAUUUCUUUAAGUAUUUUUUUUCUUUACUUAUUUGAGUAGUUCUUGCCAUAAUCUGGAUUAGAACAUUACUCAAAUAGGGCUCUAUUCACUGUAUACCAACUCUACCUCUAAGGUGUGUCCAAACUUUUGACUGGUACUGUAUAUCUACAUUCUACUGACCUGGUAACACCUCAGUUCAACCUCAAUGGAACCUCAAAUGAGAAGCUGUUAACUGUUGGACUUUGUUCCAUGUAAGAAAUGAGUCAUGAAAAUUAGAUUUGAAGUUUUUCCAUGUAUAUAUUAUUGUUCUUAAUUUAUUAAUGCUGACUGUUAUUGUAUACUGUAAUACAGUAGUACCUUUAUUUAUUAAGGGAAACUCUAGCCAAAGUGAUUUAGGCUAGGCUAGGCUACGCUAGGCUAGUCUCAAAACCUGGUUCCCUUCCGUGUCAGUCCAAACCAUGAAGAUUAAGCUGUUCUUAUGAAGGGAAGUGACACUAGCUUUGGUGGACUGGACUCCUGCUUUCAACUGAACAAUUGAGCCCUUCCAACUAAUAACCAUACAUGAACUGCUUCUCCUGUUUGGAACUCCAAAUUUGAUUCUCCAGUGGACAACUUUUUUACACUAAAAAACUAAAAUGUGCUUUAUUUAGAUACCUAAAAUAAAAUAACUUUUAAUAGUAAAGAAAAUAAGAGAGACAGAGUUAAUAUAUGGUUAAUCUUCAUAACAAGAAAUUGUUAAUAUAUGUUUUUUUAUGUACAGCUCUGGGAAAAAAUUAAGAGACCACUUCAGUUUCUGAAUCAGUUUCUCUGAUUUUGCUAUUUAUAGAUAUAUAACAUUAACAUUGUUGUUUUAUUCUAUGAACUACGGACAACAUUGCUCCCAAAUUCCAAAUAAAAAUAUUGUCAUUUAGAGCAUUUAUUUACAGAAAAUAAGAAGUGGCUGAAAAUUAAUAUUUGGUGGAAUAACCCUGUUUUUUAAUCACAGUUUUUAUGCACCUUGGCAUGUUCUCCUCCACCAGUUUUACACACUGCUUUUGGAUAACUUUAUGCCUUUACUCCGGGUGCAAAAAUUCAAGCAGUUCAGCUUGGUUUGAUGGCUUGCGAUCAAAGAAACUUAUAAUUUUAAAGUGGUCUCUUAUUUUUGUCCAGAGCUGUAUAUAUCUAUUCCUUUAAAUGAGAAAUGGCUUAUUUAAGAUUAUUCGCAUAUAUGGUUAAUCCUUAUAGCAAAAAAAUGGGUAAUAUAUUUUUUGUACAUAUGGCUAUAGUCCCAAAAGAGAGAAAUGGUUAAAUUACUGUUAUUCCAGGUAUGGAUAUUUACAGCAAAAGAUAUGGAUAUUUGUUGGAAUGGCGCAGAAAAGGACUGUAUUAACACAUGCCAGACAUGUGCAGUAACUAGUAACUAGAAUAGAACAUGCUCAUGUGGGGCAGUAUGGGUAGCACAACUAGUUCUCUUUAUGGGUUUCCUAUGGGACCUAUAUAUCGUCGCUGUCCAAUGAAAAACAGAGAGAAAAAAAACUUCUAAACUUUCAGUGGAAGUCGAUAAAAAGAGUUUAUUCCAGGUCCAUUAAUCAAAAAUUUUAGACAGUUUGUUCAAAUUGUGUAUUAAACAAAACAUCGACAAAAAUGGAAAUAUUUGUUUUUCAUUGGACAGUGAUGAUAUGAAUGUUGGUGAUAGACCCCAUCAGAGUCAGUGAUAGAACUGGGGGGUUAAGGAUUGACCUCAUCUGGGUGGUACACUGCACUAAAUGGGGCCUAGAUGGGACUCCUAGAUGUGAAAUUAAGGUGGGCUAUAAUCAUGGGGCCCAUAAAAACAUGACAUGCCUACCUGAAACCCACCUGAAACCCACCUAGCCCACGUUCCACCCAUGUGAGCCCUACAGGAUGAACAGGGACCGUUGGCAGGGACAGUUUUUACCAGGUUUUGUCAUGAGUAAACCUUCUUGAGAAACAGACAGCAGCACAGGGGACUGUAUCUCAGGGACCUGGAAUUUCCCUCUCUGUAAAUCUGUAUUUAUAUUAUUUGUAUUAAAAGAAAUGCGACUGUC